UUUAUUGUUCAUAAGGUUUGCGUAAAAACAGUGAGUCAAGAUUUAUCCUUCAGUGUCAUGGCCUAUCUGUUAUAGUAUUAGCUACCUAGUAUUUUUGUUACAAGAUGGAAGACAAAACACUUUUAAACAAAGCUCGGGCCACUAACAAGAGAUUCCAUGAUUUUAAAAAAUAUAUGAUGGAUUUGACGCGGAUUUCUAAUGAUCUAAAUAAUGAAAUUAUAAUUGAUAAUGAAAAACUAAAAACAUUGUAUGCAGAAAUAAACAGUUUACAGAACAAAAUAACUGUACUCGACGAAAAAAAGUGUAAAUUAGAAACAGGGGUAGACGAAUUAACCAUAAAAAUGAAAAACUAUGAACUUUUAAAAAUUCAUCUAGCAGCUUUAAAUCAACGCAAGCAAAUAUUUGAGGAUCAUACGAUUGAAGAAGGAUUUAAAGAACAAGGUAAAAAUGUUAAAACUUAA